AUUACUGGCCGGCCCUGUUUUUUAGUUGGGGCUCCUUCCGAACCCCCUUUUGUAAUUUGUAUUCCGUGCAGCCCCUUUCUAGGGGUUGUUUUACAAUUUUACCCCUUUUCCUAUCGUUUUAAUUGUUUUGGUCUUUUCCUUCGUUUAUAACUCGAUCGGCGCAUGAGUUGAUCACUUACGAGGAUGCCUGGCAAUGAGGAGAGAGGAUUGCAGGAUUGCAGCGAGAGGAGUAGAUCGAAGGUGAUUGUAACGGUGAUCGAAUAGAAUAUUUUACAGUCGUAAGCAAUGGGGGUGAUUUCCGAGAAUUCAGUCAUCUUGAUGUGUAAAUGCGGUUUGCGUACUAUUCCAUUAAAGUGUUGCUGGUCUUUCACGUCGUACAUGGAUUUGGUCGACAAUUUGUGCUUCAAGUUCAGUGGGUUGAGAUUCGAUUCAGUGAGGCUUUUUUUAUAAUCUACGGGAUUAUGAUGGCUGUGUUUUGGAGAAUGAUGAUGAUUUGGAGGUAAUGUUUUCUUUAGUUGGUUGUUAUGGUGUUGAAGUAAUUGACGUUAUAGUUGUAAAUUCUGGUGGCAGUAAUGGUUGUUUUGGGAGUGAUGUUAUGGCUAUUGGAGUUGAUCGUUGUGAGAGUAGUUGUUUGACUACUGAUGUUGGGUCUGUUGGACUUUGUGGUGGUAGUAGUGGCAGUUAUGGUAGUAAUUUUACUAGUUCAAAAGGGAAAGGGUCAGCUGUUAGUUGUUUGACUACUGAUGUUGGUAGUGGAAGCAGUGAUGGUUUGUGUACUGAUGUUGGAAGUUGCAGCAGUUCGAAAGGGAAAGGUUUAGGUGUUAUUCGUUCGGAAUGGAGGUUGGAUGUUGAGAAAGAAAGAGACUUACUACCCACAUUUUGUCAGCAUCAGGAUCGUGCAUUACUGUCUGACAGUUGGCGUCAUUAUAUCAAAGAAGUUAACCAGAAGUUUAAGGGCGGUGCAGUUGAGUUUUGUGAUAAAUUGGCAAAGUUUGCAAUAUUUUAUGGUUUUGAGUAUAGUUUUGCAAAGAAUGAAAAGGAUAGGGUGACUGCAUUUUGUAAGGAUGCAGAUUGUAAGUGGAGAGUGCAUGCGAGGUUGGACAAGGUCAGCAGUUAUUUUUAUAUACGUAGUUUUGAUGAUAUCCACUCGUGUGGUGCUUCUGUCCUUAUCACAAAGCAUUCACGGGCUUCGUCCAGUAUGAUUGGAAGAUUAAUGAGUGCUGAUAUUCGAACCACACCGCAGAAACGUCCGGUCGAUGUAGUUAGUUCACUGAAGGGUUUGUAUGGGGUGGAUGUUCCAUAUAAACGAGCUUGGAAGGGUGUUGAGAAGGGGAGGUCUGAAGCCUUUGGGGAUUAUGAUGCAUCCUUUGAUGAAUUACGGUGGUAUCGUGAGGCUGUUAGGAAUUCUGAUCCUGAAAGCGUGUUUGAAAUAGAGGUAGACACUGAGACAAAUCGAUUUCAAAGGUUGUUUGUUGCGUUCAGUGCAUGUAUUUCUGGUUUUAAACAUUUGAGGCCCCUUUUGUUUGUCGACGGUACAUUUUUGAAGGGAAACUUCAAGGGAUCAUUGCUUUCUGCGAGUGCGAAGGAUGGUGAUAAAGGACUGUUUCCAUUGUGUAUUGGUGUGGCUGAUUCGGAGAGCAAUGAGAAUUGGUUGUGGUUUAUGAAGAAGUUGCGUGGUAUUUUGGAUGGAGAUACGAGAAGCAUUGUCUUUGUUUCUGACAGGAAUGCUGGAAUAAAAGCUGCAGUUCCCAGGGUUUUCCCUUCAGGAUUUCAUGGGUAUUGUCUGUACCAUUUGAAGAACAACCUUCGUGGUCGAUUGACAGGUGGAAGGAACAAGUAUAAAGAGCGCGUGAUUGGUCUGUUCAGUUUAUGUGCUUAUGCACCAAAUGAGAUGAAGUUUAAUGAAGAAAUGGCUAGGUUAAAGAAAGCAGGUGGGGAAGCAAGGAUUACGAAUUUCCUAGCUGAUUUGCCUUACGAACAUUGGGCUAAUGCUUUUUUCCCGGGACAGCACUAUGGAGAGAUGUGGUCUAAUUUGGCUGAGUGCUUCAAUUCUAGGAUAGAGAAGGAGAGGCACUUACCGAUCACACAACUGGUUGAUCAAGUACGGAUCAAGCUUAUGGAACAGAUGUGUUGUAGGAAACAAACUGCAGCGAAGUGGCGUCAGGUUCUUUGUCCCACAAUGGAUGAAGCUUUGGCAAUUGCUUUUCAGGAGUCCAAGGCCUGGGAAGUAAAAUUUUCUUCACCAGAUGUGCUUGAAGUUUUAUGCAAUCCAUCUGUCAAGGUGGAUAUAGGGAGGCAUAGUUGCACUUGUACGCAAUGACAAUUGAAUGGUGUACCUUGUGUGCAUGCAAUUUGUGCAAUUAAAAAGAGCGGGAAGUCACUGAACGCAUGUGUUGAACGUUACUUCCACGUGGAAUGUUAUCGGGAGGCAUAUUCUAGACCUAUUAUGCCUGUUCCUACGUUGUGGAAACCUGAAGUUGCCGGUGAUGCUGUGAUAUUACCUCCUAUUUCUAGAAAGCCACCAGGGAGAAAUAAGAAGAAGAGGAUACGAUCUUUUGGGGAGAAGGUCAGACCCAUUAAAUGUGCUAGGUGUGGAAAGAGAGGAUCUCAUAACAGGAGGAGUUGUAAGGAGGCUAUCAAUUAAAUACUGCCUGGAUUUCAUAACAGGCUUUGAUUUGAGUGGAUAUUGAGAAAUAAGUUUUCAUUUGGAUUUAGUUGAAUUGU